ACAAAACGCAAAAUAAAAACCCACAGAAACCUUCUUUCCCCAGUGAAGUGGCCAUUAGGUGUGGUUUUCCAGCUUUGAAGUCCAUAGUAUAUUCCAGCCUAUGAAACUGAAUUAAGAAGAUGGAGCAUCAUGCUGAAUAACAGACUUUCCCAAGCCCUUUAUGCGUAGGAGAGAGAGAAGCUUCUUGAAAUGUUGUACCCUUCAUGGAAACAAAUAUCAAGAAAAAAAAUGUGAACAAAAUCUGUAAUGCUCUGCCAAGUGCUGGAGAGGCCCCUGCUAGCGUGCCUAGCAUCCUGCCUUCGGAGCAGGUUUCGCCAUCUAAUGUGUCAGAUCUUCCCAGAAUUUUGCCAGAAGUUGUACACCUAAAAGCUGGACCCCAGAAGAGACGACCAGGCACUGCAAUAAUAUCAAAACAGUCAGAGUCUUCAAACAUGUCUCGGGUGCCACUGAAUCGGCCUGUCAUCCCACCAAGAAGACCUUGCUUCAUGGUAUGCUAUAUCUGUGGCAGAGAAUUUGGGUCACAGUCUAUUUCUAUACAUGAACCCCAGUGCCUAGAGAAGUGGCAUAUUGAAAACAAUCAGCUACCAAGGCAUCUCAGAAGACCAGAGCCCAGGAAACCUGAGGUCCCUGCUGGUGGUGUCUGUACACUUACAGCUGAAAAUGGGGCAGCUUAUCAUAGUGCUCAAGCCCAGCUCCUGCCCUGCAGAAACUGUGGCCAAACCUUCCUUCCUGACCAUCUCAUUGUGCACCAAAAAUGUUGUAGAGGAGGUAGCAGUGGUGUGGGGCUGUCAGAUUCAAGUGCCCGUAAAUCCAGUAAAGGCCCAAGCACUGAGUCUGGCUCAGCAAGGGAUGAUCCAUCUAAGACCCGUCAAGGAAAGAGCAGAGCUGCACCAUCCGUAUUAGACAAGGCACAAAUGAUAAGAUGGCCACCAGCAGUGAUUUGUUACAUAUGUGGCCGUGAGUACGGAACAAAAUCUAUUAGCAUACAUGAGCCACAAUGCCUGAAAAAAUGGCACCGGGAGAAUGACAUGCUACCCAAGCACUUGAGAAGGCCAGAGCCCAAAAAGCCUGAAGUCAGUCCAAUACAAGCCAAAGGCUUCUAUGAUCUUGAUUCUUUAAAUGAGGCUGCCUGGAUCAGCGCCCAGAACCAGCUAGUUCCAUGUGAUAUUUGUGGGCGUACUUUUCUUCCAGACAGACUGAUCGUCCACCAGCAGUCCUGUAAACCGAAACCUGCAACGUGAAGUGGAUGUAACACACAUGCAUGCAUGUGCAUGCAUGCUCACACACACACAUGCACCCAAACCUUUCAACCAAACCAUGAGAGAAAUAAAAUCCAGCUGAAGAUCUGUGGGCACCAAAACUGUAGUGUGUCGUCAGAUGACAUGAUCCCAAAGCCUCCAAAGUAAAAUCAGCAGUUGCUACUGUAGCAUAAGGUCAAAUAUGGUGGUUUUUUAGCUCAGCAGUAGCAAAAAUGCCUCCUCAUUUUUUCUCAUUCAGGUAGUGUCACCUUGAAACCACAGUUUGAGAGGGGUGGCAUGAGAAUACUUGAAAGUAAUGUUAACUAUUAUCUUCCUUGUCCUGAUCUUGUACUUUGUUGGGAUCAGAAGAACCCAAGUGAAGGGUCCUCCCAGGUUGCUUUCUGAAUUGUUGUGCUGUCUUCAUCUCUGUUGGUCAAAUGUGGGGUUUUCUUCAGCCUCACUCCUUUCACAGGCUUUCAGCUUUAGCUGUGUGGACCUUUGAAAAAACUUGAGCCUUCUGCAUGCAUUUCCCAUUUUGCAUGGCAUAUUUGGGUUUUUGUAUUCAGCAAAGGACAGAAAGAAAUGAGCCAUAGCUGUUAGGGGUCUUUCACUGCAGAGAUCCCCAAGAGAGUACCUCACAGGGAUCUAUCUUGUGGUCUUGUUUUUCAGCAGAUCUGUGACACUGGGAGAGAUGGUGUAAUGUCAGGACCUCCCUUGUCUGCAGGGACAUUUGGCUACAUGUCCCUUGCUCAGUGAAUACAUUCACCUACUGUUUCAGAAACUGAAGCUUCAGACAACUUUUAGGAAAUGAGAGUUUCGAUGAGGAUUAAUAAUUAAAUCUCAAUGGAAGCAAAGCCAGAAUGAUGUUGAUCAGGAAGAUUAAUUCUUUGAAAAUUUUGUUUCCUUUCUACCAAAGUGUUGACUAGUUAAUGUAAGAACCUCCAGCUGAAUUUGACUAAGCAGAUAAACCAAGUAGCUCCUUUGGGUUUGUUGUUUUGGUUUUUUUUUUUGUGUCCUUGUCCAUCUUUGGCACAAGACUAUUCACUGACUCCCACUCAGAGCUUAAAUCCAUGGAACACUCCAGUGUUCACAUAUUUGUGUGACAGUGCAGGUCACAGAAGCCCUUGGCUGCUGCAAGUGGAACAUUACCAUGUAAAAUGAUCCAGCCAUGGGGUGGAAGCAAAGACUGGCUGUUUUGAGAAAACACCCCAAAAGUGUCCUCUUCUUGGAUAAUUUCAUGCUUAAGAAUGAU